AUGAACGAGCACUAAGCUGUCAGUCUCCGGUGUACAGACCCAAAUAAAGAGGGGAAGGUCCACUUAACAAUAUUAUAUGCAUUUUGAUAACUCAUAAUUUUGUUUUGUUGCAACUGGCUCAAGUGUAACGGAGAAUGGCUACUGAGGUGAAUGGCAAUUCAACUCUGUUGAAGGAAGAAGAGGAGCCCAUGGAUGUCAGUGCCACACACACACAGAACUACCAGACCCUGCUAGAUGCCGGGCUUCCUCAAAAAGUGGCAGAAAGCCUGGAUGACAUAUUUCAGACUGGGCUGGUGGCCUAUGCUGACCUGGAUGAGAGGGCCAUUGAUGCCCUAAGGGAGUUCAAUGAGGAGGGGGCCCUGGCAGUCAUUCUGCAGUUUAAGGAGAGUGACCUGUCACAUGUCCAGAACAAGAGUGCGUUUCUCUGUGGUGUGAUGAAGACAUACAGACAAAGAGAAAAACAAGGAAGCAAAGUUCAAGAAUCCACAAAGGGUCCAGAUGAGUCCAAGAUCAAGGCUCUUCUGGAGCGAACAGGAUACACUCUGGAUGUGACCACAGGACAGAGGAAGUACGGGGGACCUCCCCCAGACGAGGUGUACACUGGAACACAGCCUGGGGUCGGGACAGAGGUGUUUGUGGGUAAGAUCCCCAGAGACCUGUAUGAGGAUGAGCUUGUGCCGCUGUUUGAGAAGGCGGGGCCUAUCUGGGACCUGCGUCUGAUGAUGGACCCUCUCUCGGGUCAGAAUCGGGGCUACGCCUUCAUCACCUUCUGCAACAAGGACGCCGCACAAGAGGCUGUCAAACUCUGUGAUAAUUAUGAAAUCCGGUCAGGUAAAUACCUGGGUGUCUGCAUCUCUGUCGCAAACAAUCGACUCUUUGUUGGCUCAAUUCCAAAGAACAAGACAAGAGAGAGCAUAUUGGAAGAUUUCAGCAAAGUUACAGAGGGCCUCAUGGAGGUGAUCCUCUAUCACCAGCCUGAUGACAAGAAGAAGAACAGGGGCUUCUGCUUCCUGGAGUAUGAAGACCACAAGACUGCUGCCCAGGCCCGCCGCCGCCUGAUGAGCGGCAAGGUCAAGGUGUGGGGGAACCCGGUGACGGUGGAAUGGGCGGACCCGGUGGAGGAACCAGACCCAGGGAUCAUGGCCAGGGUGAAGGUGCUGUUUGUGAGGAACCUGGCCACCCCUGUCACAGAGGAGCUACUGGAGAAGACCUUCUCCCACUUUGGGAAGCUGGAGAGAGUCAAGAAGCUGAAGGACUAUGCCUUUGUCCACUUUGAGGAGAGAGACGCUGCUGUUAAGGCCAUGCAGGAGAUGAAUGGGAAGGAGCUGGAGGGGGAGGAGAUUGAGAUUGUACUGGCAAAGCCUCCAGACAAGAAGAAGAAGGAGCGUCAGGCCCAGAGACAGCCCCCGAGGACCUCAGGGUAUGACGACUACUACUACUACUCUCCCCCGCGCAUGCCUCCUCCCAUGAGGGGGCGUGGCCGAGGCGGGAGGGGGGGUGGGGGCUACGCCUACCCUCAGGAUUACUAUGGGUACGAGGACUACUACGACGAUUACUACAGUUACGAUUAUCAUGACUACAGAGGAAGCUAUGACGAUCCUUACUAUGGCUAUGAUGACGUCUACUCUAUAAGAGGGAGGGGGGGCAGGGUGAACCGGGGUGCUCCCCCACCACCCAGGGGCAGAGGAGCGCCUCCCCCUCGGGGCAGAGGCAGCUACGUCCAAAGGGGGUCUCCGAUGGGGGUUCCCAGGGGAGGGCGUGGAGGGGGCCGCGGGACUCCUGGAGGCCCAGCUCAGUUGCCCCGGGGUAGGGGCAUCCGAGGGGCCCGGGGUAACCGAGGGGGCAACGUAGGGGGGAAGAGGAAAGCAGACGGCUACACCCAGCCUGACUCCAAACGCCGCCAGACCGCCAACCAGCAGAACUGGGGCUCCCAACCCAUCGCCCAGCAACCACUGCAGCAGGGUGGCGACUACUCUGGUGAAGACGGAGGCACGGGUCAGGGCAUGGCGGCGCGUGAGUGAGUCACGUGAGGAACACAUCGUUUCUCUGCUGUGUUCUUCAUCAUCCCCGCCUCCCCCUCCUCCCGUACUAAGGGUGAGCCUUGUUUACCUCUUCACCGCUACACUGGAGCAGCACUGAGUGCUCCUCCUCUCCUCCUCUCUUCCUCUCCUCUUCCUCCACUCCUGAGCCUCAGCCUGCUUCACGUUUAUGUCAGACCCAGUAACAGAGGAAGUUCUGUAAAACCUGGUGUUCUUUCAGUGUCAGUGGAGAUUUUCAGUGAAAUCAGUUAAAUGGUUUCUUAAUUAUAAGAAUCAUCUGACUGUGUCUGGGAAACUGGCCAAAUCACCAGUCUGUCUCUAGACUUCAGUUGCAGAGCUCUAAUGGAACACAGUGCCUUUUCUGACAGGGUACUUUUCAAUGGUAGUAUUCAACCGUUUUCAAGAAAAAGGGGAAGCCUGUACAGGGUUGGGUUUCAUGUGAAACUGAAUAGUUUACACUUGACCUAAAUAUAUGAACCAAACAUAUGAACACCUUUGUGUAGAGAAAUUGAUGUGACAAAUAGUUUGAGACUUCCUCAAAAUAAUAGUUCAAUUCAAGUUCAGAAUCUACAUCAGCCUCUUUGUCAAUUGGAUCAGUAUGGUCUGAAAUAAAGGUCUUGCACCAUAACACGUCAUCUAGAUGUGCCUUGAAGCCCACAGCCCUGGAGGCAAGUGAAUCACAUUCACACCCUCGUCUUUAUAGGAAUUAACCUUUUCAGAUGGAAUUAAUCUAAAAUGUGAAAUGAAAUGGGGCUCAUGCUUGACCUUCUUUACCCCCUUUCCUGUGGGUGGGGAAGCUUGGGGGGCAAUGUGUGUUUGGCAUGUUGAUCAACUCAAUCGAGAAAUGUAGUUCUCUGCUAAUUCUCAUCCCUUUCUACAGUACCAGAGUGCCCUGAGGUAAUUUCUUAUUCCAGCUAUAUUCAGCAUCUCCAUAUUCAUUAGCUAUGACCCUUCUCUGAUUUGAAGUCAAAUAAAUAUUUUAUGUAACCAAGAUAACAUGCCCUGUGGCAGUUUCUUGACAACCCUGACAGCUCAACACUUUCCCAUUGACGUUCAUAAAGUUGAUUAUUCAUCCAUUUGCCAGUUCUGUUGUAUCUUAUUGCAGUGUAUUACAGUAACAUAAUUCCUUAAACAAGGCAGUGUUUUUAAACUUGAUGUAUUGUUAAAGAGACUGGUGUAAGGAAAUACAUUCUUGCCAUGUCAAUAUUGCUUACCUAGUUUAGAAUCUAUCAUUAUAACUCAACUAUACCAACUAAACUGAAUAUGUCAGAAGCAAUAAGCAGUAAUGAGAGGUUCAGCAAUCAAGAAAUGCAGAAGUACUCCUCUACCUAAGAACAUUUUCUGAUCUCUGAUGUCUUUCUCAAAAAAAAAAAAAAAGAACACUUCAGAUGGCUUCCUAAGCAAGGGACGUAAGUACUUCCUUAUAUUAACUCCUUCCUCUUGUCAUUUAACUUUAUCUACCAAUCAGGAAGUGCGUGUGUGAUGGAGGGCCCCCGACCCAGCCUUCUCACCACUCUGUGGGGCUUCAGAGCCUGUGCUGAGGAUGUCUGGGGUAAGGAAGGUGGAAGACGCAAUGGAUGGAUUUCUUUUAGAUCCAAAAGCCUCUCUUCUUCUGUCGCUGUCCUCUUCUCCUCUCCCCUAAUCCAGGUGUCAGUCUUGAUACUCGUGGGAAUCAGUUGCUGAAAGCAGGCGGCAAACUCUGGGCUUAGGUAAGGAAGACCCCAUCAGACACAAUAUAGGUUUACGCAACUGGUGGGAAAGAAACUUUCUCCUACCUUAGAGAAAGAAAACAAACUUUUAAGACUCGCCUACAAGUUACAUCUGUGGUCCCUGAUGUAGUUGUACCUACAGUACAGUAGUACCAUAAAACACCCAUCUCCAAAUUGUAUAUAUUACAAUUUCAAGCCAUUAUGCCAAAGUGCUUUGAUAGUUGAGCAUUCACAAUGCAGUGUUUUAGAGAGUUUUAAUUGGUGCAGUAUAGCGCAUCAUGAAAUGACAAUGCUGGACCACUGACACCUAACCAUCUGUCAAAAGCUAUGGUGUUCUGAAGUGUAGUGACACCAAUAUUAAUGGCUUUGAUUCCACCCUGGUGCAUUUUGUCUCUCUUUCCCAUUAGAAAUUGUCUAAUUUCUUUUUGUUCAGGAUCAUUCAACUUGUCUCAAUAUAAUCGUUUUGCUGCCCCAGAAAUAAUUUCCCUGCGUAAUAAUAAGGCUUAGCUGCUUGGACACUUCUAGUUAUACACAGAGUACAAGGAAACAUUUAACAAAAUUCUGUCAUGCCACAUUUAUAGUCCCAUUAAUAUUGUAAACCCCAGAGGCAUUUUAGUUUUGAAGAUGUUUCCUGAAAACAUCUUCACAUCUUGUUUCAUUUUGAAAAGUCAUGCAUGGAAUAUGAGCAGGAAUUGACGAUCCCUGUCCCUGUCUUGAUCAGCUGUAAUCUGGACCUCAGAAUUAAUUUGAGUUAUGACUCACUCGGUUUGCUUGAGUUAAGCUGAAAUUAAUAAAAGCUCUGUAAAUGUAGAUGAUGAAUGCAGAGACAGGCAGAAACGGAGCUGCAUCAGUUCUAGACUGCUGCAAAGCUGUGACAUAUCAUUUACUUCAGCUGGAGGGAUAUUCACUCUGCCCCAUUCUCUUAGUUUAAAAAAACCCCACUAUUGAGUACAUUUCUAUGCGAUCAGUCUGAGUUAGAUCAAAUUAAAGUCUUAAUACUUAGCUUUACUUAGGUCCUUAAGGACUAACACCAAGUUUAUUGCUUUGAUACUGGCUUAUGGAUCUUAUGGAUCUUAUGGAUAAUGUUAGUCCUGAUCAAGCUGUGUUCUGCUGUAGCUCAAGUACUUGAAAUAAUUCAUAAAACCAUGGGUGCUCAAGCUAGAUUGUACUAAUAUUCAUGAAUAAAAAUAAACCAGUUGAAUGAA